CCUGCCAGAAGCUAUCAUUAGACAAGGCGACACUGGAUUUUUUUUGACCCUGAAAAUGAACUUUAGGAGGAUUUUCCUAGUCAAGUGCUUGCUGCUUUUAUUUGCCAAUGUAAAAUACUCCGUCACCAGCGAGAUUUACAUGGCCGUGAAUGAGUCAGCUUUUCUCAGCAUCACUGCUGCUGCUGCUGGGAAGGUAUAUGAUGCAACAUGGCUGAAAGACAAACAAAAGAUGCUUCAGUUAAAAAAUAACAAAGUUAAGUACUAUGUGAACAAGGAGCAGUGCAGGUGUAAGAUACUCCCAAACGGGACUCUGCAAAUAGAGCGGGUGGUGAAAGAGGACAGUGGAAACUACACGGUGACGGUUUAUCAGCAGGAUGGAAAAUUAAAGGCAGAAGAAGUUAUGAAGUUCAUCGUUCUGGACCCUGUCCCUCAGCCAGUCCUCAGUGCUCAAUGUGUUAAUAAAACUGCAACUGUCAUGUGUGAAGUGAAGCAGAAGACUAAAGAUGAAACAUUUUUAAUGGAACUGACUCGAGAUAAAAGCAAAAGCAUGCAAAAGAAUGCAACAAAGUUGGAAUUGCACAGACAGCCUUCUGGGACAUUCAGAUGUGUUGUUAAGAAUGAAGUCAGCAAAAAAACAGCUGAAAAACUAAUUAAGUGUUCAGAGCUGCUGGAGCUUUAUCUCAUCUUAAGCAUAGCAGGAGGUGCAAUCUUCUUUGUCAUCCUCGUGAUUUUGCUUAUUUACUGUAUCAGGAAGAGGAAAGCAGAAAGGCUUGAAGGUGAUGAGGAGGAUCGAAAGAUGCAUGCUUGCCAGACGGACAGUGAAAUGGUGGUGCGGGAGCUCCCUCAGCCGCAGUGCAACCCUACCCCGAAGCAGCUGCGUGUGCAGCAGCGGCCGCUGCCGCAGCCCCACGUGCUGCAGCAAGCACAGCCCCCACGGCCCAGACCCCGCACUCAGCAGCGGACACCACACCAUUCAAGAGAAAGACCUUGAACCUGGGAGGAACAGUGGUCUCUCUGCUGCACCAUUCACCGGGAAAAGAAAGUUUCCAAUAGUCAAGAACCCCUCCUGCCCAGCCUUGUGUAAUGCUCAGCUAUGAAACGGCAGCUUUCGUUGCAGAAAACUUAGAGCAUCAAAUGGAGAUGAAAAGACGCAGUGGAGGAGAUUCAAGGUGAUGGGCAUUCAACCCUGUGGCCAUUUUUCUUCAAGUGUCUCUGUGUUAGGGUAUGGAGCAUUCAGCCUUGAAACCUGUGUCUUUCUGUGGUUCACUUGUUUUUACCGCACCUUUUUGUCUUCAUGCUUUUUGGAUGGAUUAUGUCAAGAAGAAGCUAAACCUCUAGUGAGACGACAUGGCCCUAAGGAUCUUAUAGGGUUUUGCGAUGUAUCUUUCCUUUCUCCUGCCACACGUUAGGACAACCCUCUGCUUCAACAUCAAAUGUAUGACCUCCUGGAUCAAAAAAAUAGUUGUAUGUAAUUAAAUGCUUGUCUGAAGUCGAAAGAAUUGGUGUCAUCUAAUGCGGAGAAGAAAAUACUGAAAGGAGAUGUGAGAGUCUUGAAGCAUGCAUGUGGGAAAAACGCAAGUGGGAAAGGAGUGAACUUCUCAUUUUCUCUACUGUGUUUAGAACAAGAAACCAUGGGCUUAAAUUGCAGGAAUGGAGAUUUAGGUCAGGAUUUCUUUUUUUUUUUUUGGG